CGAUGUGACAAAUACAAUUUUAUUUUAUUUAUUUGUCCCAAUCGUGGAUGAUACAGUAAAACACAUUACCAAAUACCAUACUUUAAUAAUUUGUGAUUCAGUACAUUUCCAGUGGUGGAAGAGACCCUCUGGAGUAGCUGCUUUGUGUCUGGGGCUGCUGUCUGUCCUCCUACUGACUGGGAUCAUAGGCCUGUCUGUCUACUAUGGAGUAAUUGGUCAUCACGACUCAACAGAGAGAGACCAGCUACAGGCCAGUUACAGCCUUCUGACUAAAGAGAGACCAGCUACAGACCAGUUACAACAAGCUGACUAAAGAGAGAGACCAACUACAGACCAGCAGUAACACCCUGACUAAAGAGAGAGCCCAGCAACAGAAAGAGAAAAAUGAUCUCAUGAGAAAGUUCUCUAAUCUGAAACAAACCUGCCCUAAAGACUGGAAGAAGUUUGAAUCCAGUUGGUACUUCCUGUCUACUGAGACUAAAACCUGGGGGGAGAGCAAAGAUGACUGUCUGGAGAGAGGAGCAGACCUGGUGAUCAUCAACAGUGAUAAGGAACAGGAGUUUCUCUUCCACCUCAACAAGGGUUUCUGGAUUGGUCUGACUGACACUGUUACUGAGGGGACCUGGAAAUGGGUGGACGGCAACCCACUGACCACCCCAAAGUACUGGGGGAGUGGACAGCCUAAUGGUGGUGGAGUGGGAGAACUGUGUGUUGUUAACUCACAGUUCAUCAGACCAAGGACCAUGGCAUGA